AUGUUACCAUCAAAUAAAGCGAAUGAUUGGAAAACUAGUGUAAUACUUGAUCGAGUUUUUAUGUGCAUAUUACCUCGAAUUCAUGAGAAUGUAGAAUGUCUUACUAUUCAAGGAUGUUUCUUGCAACGUCUUCUUCUUGCUGGCAAUUAUCGUAACUUACGCAAACUCAUUCUCAUUAAUCUCGAAUUGAAGAUGGCUUCUCAUGUCUUCAAUGAAAAUUCUUCAUUUAUUCAUACUUUUAAACACCAAAUUUCAGAUUUGGUCGUAACGAUUAGUGAUUCAAUUUCAGAUAAAUCAAUGGAGAAUUUAAUAAUUGAUAUUUAUUCUAAAAUUUUUGCCUUAUUAACAAAUCUGAAGUAUUUGGAUUUGGAUGUAGAUGAUCGCUAUCCUUUUCGACAAUCAUUCCUACGUGAUUUACCUUCUACCACAUGUUUUUCGUCGAAUAUUGUUCAUUUACGGAUUAAAAUGUACAAUUUUGAUGAUUGUCUAUGUCUACUUGAUGGUCGUCUUAGUCAAUUACAUACAUUUAUUAUCACUCUUGAUUACAUAUAUGAUAUGAUGAAUUUCAUGCGUCGUCGUCCAUUAAACAUCAGACACGAUUCAUUAAAGAUCAUAAAUAAUUUGAAUACUCUACUUAAACUCAGGUGUUUUUCGUUAUAUGUAUAUUUUUCAACAAAUGAAUUCGACAAUCUAGUUGUGCCCCUUCUUCGUCGAAUGUCAAAUUUAGAAAGGUUAACAUUAUCUAUUCGUGUUCGUGGACGAAAUUCAUUCAUUGAUGGUAUUUAUCUGCAUAAUUAUGUGCUCAGUCAAAUGCCACAUCUACAUACAUUUAUCUUCAACAUUGUUACAGAUUUUGUCAGGAUUAAUCAACAAUUUAAACCGUCGUCUGAUGAUAUUCGACGCACAUUCAUCGAAAAAGGCUAUCAUGUUGAUUGUUUCCGUUGA